GACCGGGGAGGAGAGGGGAGCACGGACACUUUCCACUGCAGGCCCGUCCGACCGGGCCUUGGGCACCGCCAGCCAUGGGGCAGCCACAGCUUCUCCGGGCAGCCUGUGCCAGGGCCUCCCCAUCCUCGCAGGGAAGAAUUUCUCCCUAAUAUCUAAUGUAAACCUGCUCUCUUUUAGUUUGGGUCCGUUCCCCCUUGCCCUGUCACUCCAGGAUGCCUAGGAAUUUUCUUCAGUGGUAUUAGUCUUUACAAAACACAUUGAAAAAGCUUCCAAAAAGCCUGGGGAAAAAAUAAAGAUGUGACCCCUAUAGACCCAAAUAUCCCGGAAUUACGUGGUGUGCUCGUAUUUUACCGAAAUGGGAAAGGUUGUGGUCGUUGAGGAACAUUAAACUGGGUUUUGAGUAAAGCCGAGUGACUGAGAAGCUGAUGUUUAUAAAAAAAGAAACUUGCGAAUGCACUGUCAUCUUUCACAACACCCAGAACUUGCCAGCCCCGACAGCGUGGCCGGAGCAGACGGAGAGAUCGACCCCACUGAAAUCACCUUCCCGGGCUGUUCGUGCCGCAGCAGCUCCUGCGUGGCUCCCGAGUGCCCCUGUCUGUGCCGCGGGGAGAACUACAGCAGCAGCCUGUGCCUCAGGCUGCCAGAGCAGCACGAGCAGCACUUCUCCAGGCCUGUGUUUGAGUGCAACAGCCUGUGCCAGUGUGGGGACGGGUGCCAGAACAGGCUGGUGCAGCGGGGGCUGCAGCUGCGGCUGCAGGUGUUCCGCACGGAGAGGAAGGGCUGGGGAGUGCGCGCGCUGGAGCCCGUCCCCAGGGGCAGGUUUGUGUGUGAGUAUGCUGGGGAGGUUCUGGGCUUUGCUGAGGCUCACAGAAGAAUCCAGGCCCAGACAGCACAGGACCCAAACUACAUCAUAGCAGUGAGGGAGCACCUGCACGACGGGCGGGUCAUGGAGACCUUUGUGGAUCCCACCCACAUCGGGAACGUGGGCAGGUUCCUGAACCACUCCUGUGAACCCAAUCUGUUUAUGGUGCCAGUGAGAGUUGACUCCAUGGUGCCCAGACUGGCGCUUUUUGCAGCCGCUGAUAUUUCUGCUGGAGAGGAACUUUCAUAUGAUUACUCUGGAAGAUUCCAUAAUUUACCAGGAACUAGCAGAGAACACAAACCCCUGGAGGAAGAGAACAGGCUGAGAAAACCUUGCUACUGUGGUUCCCACACGUGUGCUUCCUUCUUGCCUUGGGACAGCUCCCUCUUUUCCACACCAGCGAGUUCUCCAUAGCCUUUCAGCCUUAAACACACCUAAAAAGUAUUAUUUCCUCUAGUAGUUAAAUAAAACUCUUUGUGUUCAACAAGGAAGCACAUGUGGGUUUGAGUAGCAGCAAAGAGACAAGGUUUCAAGAAUUUCAUGGAAAAACCUUUUCAAGGACUUUCCAAGGUGCAUAGUACAAGGGAUUAUGGAGCUUCAGGAUGUUCCAAAAUCAGGGACUAGGCCAGGCCUGGUGUUUUUGUCUUCUUGUCCUCUGACAGCUUGCUGUAUGUUAAAGCAGCUCUCUUGGUUUGUACCCUUCAGAAAGAAUUUGUACCUUUAGCACUUGUACAUGGACAGGGCAUGUGAUAACAGCAAGAAAAGUCACUGACAAUGGCACAAGAAAAUGACACCAUGAAUCAUGACACUUGCAAGGAAGGCAUUAGGUUUCUUAAAAUCCAUUAAAUUAUUGUUUUCAAAUUA